AUGGAGACAAAUCAUUCAAUGGUUGAUAUAGUUACUAAUCAUCUCGCCUCUUUAAGUGAUAAUUCUGAUAAUACUUUUCAACAACAUUUCAUAGAUUCUGUUAAUAAUGAUGUUAGUCCUGUUUCCCUC